GAGAGAGAGAUUGCUCCUCAGUAGUUCCUCCUCUCAGUCUCACACCAGCAGCAGUUUUCUUUUUUUCUCUCCUCAGCUUUGGUGAAACUCCACCAGUUUGUGUUAGCCAUGUUGGCGGUGUGUUUGAGGCUGCUUUUGCUCCUCCCGUUGGUUUGCUGCGUCCCGUCUCCCUCCAGACCUCCCUCCAGACUCUGCAGGAGAUGCUGUGACCAACUGGAGCAGCCAGCAGCUACAGCCCAAUAUCAGAUGCCUGAGGUCCGCACUGUAAUCAACAUGACUAUCCUCAAAGGUGAUAAAGGAGAUAGAGGCGACAAGGGUACACCAGGCAAGCCCGGUUUAGAGGGACCUCCUGGCAAUCGAGGACCCAUGGGCCCUAAAGGCUCCAAAGGCCAGGCAGGUGCCCCAGGAGACGCCUGCAAGAUCCCCCACUCCUCCUUCUCAGUAGGACGCCGCAAGUCCCUGCACAGCGUGGACUACUACCAGGCACUGGUGUUUGACACAGUGUUCGUCAACCUCCACGGGCACUUUAACAUGUUCAAGGGCAAGUUCUACUGCUAUGUGCCGGGGAUCUACUUCUUCAACGUUAACAUCCACACCUGGAACUUUAAGGAGACCUACCUCCACCUGAUGCAUAACGACAAAGAGCAGGUGAUCCUGUACGCUCAGCCCAGUGAGAGGUCCAUCAUGCAGAGCCAGAGUGUCAUGAUGGACCUUGCUCUCAACGAUGAGGUCUGGGUCCGACUCUACAAGAGGGAGAGGGAGAAUGCCGUUUACAGUGAUGAUGUGGAUGUUUACAUCACCUUCAAUGGAUACCUGGUGGCACCUAGCAUCCAGUAAAAACGGGACAAAGGAAAUAAUGAGAGGCAAAAUCCCUGGCUCGGAUUAUUUGUCUUCUUGCCAUGGACACUGCUUUAUGCCAAGAGAAAGAACUUACCAGAGGACAUUACAAGUAUGGUGCUCAUUAAAAAAUCCCUUUCAGCCUAGAAAGGGUUGUACUGUGCUUCUAAAAUGAGGACUGCCCAAAAAAUAUUAAAAUAAAAAAGGAACAAUAAAAAAGAGACAGGUAGCACAGCACACAAUUAGGAAGGAAUGUUGAAUUUCUCCCUUUGCACUUUGUACAAAGUAAAUCUUUUUUUCCUACUUCUGUGCCGUGCUGCUUUUCUUCUUGGAUCACUCCUUUCAGGGACUUUGUGUUAAAACACAAGUUGUAUCACGUAUCAGGAAUCCUACAUCUGUGCAAUCAGUUAUGCAUCUGUGCUAUGAAUAGAGAGUUUCUGUCAGAUUAAACUGUGUUCAGACAGACUGCUGUCAUACCUUAAAUGAACGUCUGUACCUUUCAGAAGAGCACUUGUCUUUCACGGAUUAGUUCGCUCAAAAUGCAAAAAUAAUAUCUACUCAUACACCCCUGAUUGUAUCUAACCAUACAAAUAGUCAGUGGUCAAUAGUCUAAUAUUAUCAGCCCAUUAAAUUACUUUUUUUCAGUUGUCAUCUGUAGUAUAGGUUGCCUUUUACAGUACAUUUACGUUUGUUUUUUCUAAAGAAGUCUGCAGCAAUAGCUGGAGUCCACAUGCACAGGAUGAAAGUUAGUCAAACAAACACAGGACUUUCCCUGGAGACAUCUGUUCAUGUCCCUUGUGAAACCCAAAGCAAAUGUCUGACAUACAUAAGUUCACUUAUGUAUGCUACUUAAUAUAUGUCACACACGUAAAGUUAAGUUAACUUAAGUAAAUAACUAAAGUCACAUAAAAAACACAUAUUUUUAACCCAAUGAUCUUUUCCUAACAUAACUACUACCAUUUCACAACAUUGGAGAUGCUUUUCUGGCCUACUGGCAGGUGCAGUUUACCCUGUCUAAAGUGUCUAAAGCAUUAUGAUGGCAGUGAUAAAAACGGAUAAAGGAUGUUUAAUGGGCUGAUAAAAUUCGACAGAGUUGCAAAUAAUUGUUCAUCUUUGAGAUGUCUAUCUCUGGUGAUGCAUUUACUUAGGGCAAUAAAUUGUAUUUCAGGUCCACUUGGUCCUGUUUUCUUGAGUAACCGGGUCAUAAUUUCUGGAAAGAGACAUUGCUAUUAAGUUUUUCAAAAUGUAAUUUUUGGG